GUAUCGGGUCUCACUGAGAGUUUGGCUUUUCCUUUGUCUGGCCUGGCUGGCAUCUAUUUGCAGUGUUCAAGAGAAUAAAAGAACUGACGACAACAGAGGCAGUAUCAGGAUCUUAGGAGUGUGAUCUGCUCGGCAGUCGAGUUCUAGUUGCCUCAGAGCGAUUGCAAGGAACCCUACAAAUUCAGUCGGCACAGUCAUUUUUCCUUUGUAGAAUAGUAGCCACUUGUGACUUGGAAAGAGGAAACGCUAUUUUGAAACUACAUGUAGCUCAGUUUGGACGGCCAGGAACGUCUGUGAAGUGAAGCAGCGGACACAAUGUGUGGAAUAUGGGCAUUGUUCGGGGAGUUUGGGGAUAUCUCUGAAAUCCACUGCCAAUGCAUGAAGCUGACACACCGCGGGCCAGAUGCAUGGCGACUGGAGCGCAUUGGUGGCCUGCCGAAGAGCUGCAUCGGCUUCCAUCGCCUGUCGAUCUGCAGCCCAUUGACCGGUAUGCAGCCUUUGCAGGUUACGCACUAUCCCCAGGUAUGGCUGCUCUACAACGGUGAGAUCUACAAUGCCCCCGACCUGGUCAAAGAGUACGAUUUACCCUGGGAGCGUGGCGUAGAUGGUGAAGUCAUCAUUCAUUUGUACAAGAAGUUUGGAUUCGAGAAGAUGGUCACGUUGCUGGAUGGUGUGUUUGCAUGCACUGUCAUCGAUGUAGAGAACAGAUUUGUUGGUGUGGUGCGUGAUCUGUUUGGUGUACGCCCGCUGUUCCACAUCAUGGACGAGGAACGUGGCGUCCUGGCUCUGAGUUCUGAGGCCAAGGGACUGGCGGAUAUGAAGAAGAUCGGAAGUCAGGCAAAGUGGUUCCCACCUGGUCACUUUCGCACUUUCCGCAUUGAAACCGACACGGAGCGUGUAGUCCCGUCUUGCGACUACACACGGUACAACGAAAUUGGCGGCCUGGACUACACCCGCAUUCCUCGUGUUACACUGCAAGACGGAGAUAUUUUGGGCAACAUCCGGGCACUGCUCAAGGACGCCGUAAAGAAGCGGCUGAUGGCCGAUCGUCGUAUUGGAUGCAUGUUAUCCGGUGGCCUGGAUUCCAGUCUGGUGACAGCAUUGAUGGUAGAAUGUGCUAAGGAGCAAGGUCUGUCCUACCCCAUACAGACAUUCUCUAUUGGUAUGGAAGGUAGUCCGGAUGUACUCGCCGCAAGGAAAGUAGCUGCUCAUCUCGGCACGGAGCAUCACGAAGUGCGAUUCACACCGCAGGAAGGCUGCGAGGCAGUGCGCGAAGUUGUGCGCCACCUAGAGAGCUACGACAUAACGACAGUUCGGGCAUCGGUGGGAAUGUACCUGGUGAGCAAGUACAUCAAAGACAAUACGGACACGACGGUCGUCUUCAGCGGGGAGGGUGCAGACGAACUUUGCCAGGGUUACAUCUACUUCCACAAGGCACCAUCGGCGGACGAGGCUGACGUGGAGUCUCGCCGACUUCUGCAAGAUCUCUACAUGUACGAUGUACUGCGGAGUGAUAGGACCACAUCAGCGCACAGCCUGGAAGUCCGCGUUCCCUUCCUCGAUCGUUACUUUACUUCUUAUAUCCUGUCACUGGACAAGGCAGCUCGGCAACCCAUUGAGAAUAUCGAGAAGCAUCUACUUCGCACGGCGUUUACCAACACUGGCCUGCUACCUGAGGAAAUUCUGUGGCGACCCAAGGAGGCAUUCAGCGAUGGCGUGUCAUCAACGAAGAAGGGCCAGUCUUGGUUUGAGCUUCUCCAAGCCUUUGUCGAGGAAAGGGUGUCAGAUAGCGACAUGGCUCAGGCGAAGGCUACCUACCCGGUCAACAAACCGUUAACCAAGGAGGCAUUCUACUAUCGCCAUCUGUUCGAGGAGCACUACAGUGGGCUGGAGCACUUCAUACCAUACUUCUGGAUGCCUCGCUGGACAAACGCCACUGAUCCAUCAGCGCGUACACUGACACAUUACAAGGAAUAUGAAGCAGCGGACACAAUGUGCGGAAUAUGGGCAUUGUUCGGGGAGUUUGGGGAUACCUCUGAAAUUCACUGCCAUUUCAUGAAGCUGACACACCGCGGGCCAGAUGCAUGGCGACUGGAGUGCAUUGGUGGCCUGCCGAAGAGCUGCAUAGGCUUCCAUCGCCUGUCGAUUUGCAGCCCAUUGACCGGUAUGCAGCCUUUGCAGGUUACCCACUAUCCCCAGGUAUGGCUGCUCUACAACGGUGAGAUCUACAAUGCCCCCGACCUGGUCAAAGAGUACGAUUUACCCUGGGAGCGUGCUGUAGAUGGUGAAGUCAUCAUUCAUUUGUACAAGAGGUUUGGAUUUGAGAAGAUGGUCACGUUGCUGGAUGGUGUGUUUGCAUGCACCGUCAUCGAUGUAGAGAACAGAUUUGUUGGUGUGGUGCGUGAUCUGUUUGGUGUACGCCCGCUGUUCCACAUCAUGGACGAAGAACGUGGCGUCCUGGCUCUGAGUUCCGAGGCCAAGGGGCUAGUAGAUAUGAAGAAGAUCGGAAGUCAGGCAAAGUGGUUCCCGCCUGGUCACUUUCGCACUUUCCGCGUUGAAACCGACACGGAGCGUGUAGUCCCGACUUGCGACUACACACGCUACAACGAAAUUGGUGGCCUGGACUACACUCGCAUUCCUCGUGUUAUACUGCAAGACGGAGAUAUUUUGGGUAACAUCCGGGCACUGCUCAAGGACGCCGUGAAGAAACGCCUGAUGGCCGAUCGUCGUAUUGGAUGCAUGUUAUCCGGUGGCCUGGAUUCCAGUCUGGUGACAGCAUUGAUGGUAGAAUGUGCUAAGGAGCAAGGUCUGACCUACCCCAUACAAACAUUCUCUAUUGGUAUGGAAGGUAGUCCGGAUGUACUCGCCGCAAGGAAAGUAGCUGCUCAUCUCGGCACGGAGCAUCACGAAGUGCGAUUCACACCGCAGGAGGGCUGCGAGGCCAUACACGAAAUUGUGCGCAACCUGGAGAGCUACGACAUCCAGACAGUGAGAGGGGCUGUUGGACUGCACCUUGUGAGCAAGUACAUCAAGAAUGAUACGGACACGCCGGUCAUAUUCACCGGAGAGGGCAGUGAUGAACUUUGCCAGGGUUACAUCUACUUCCACAAGGCACCAUCGGCGGAAGAGGCUGACAUGGAGUCCCGUCGACUUCUACAAGAUCUCUACAUGUACGAUGUAUUGCGUAGUGACAGGGCAAUCUCAGCACACAGCCUGGAAGUCCGCGUUCCUUUCCUCGAUCGUUACUUUACUUCUUAUAUUCUUUCACUGGACAAGGCAGCUCGGCAGCCCAUUGAAAAUAUUGAGAAACAUCUACUUCGCAAGGCAUUUUCCAACACUGGGCUGCUACCGGAAGAGAUCCUGUGGCGACCGAAGGAGGCAUUCAACGAUGGUGUGUCAUCGGCGAAGAAAGGCCAAUCGUUAUAUGAGCUCCUCCAAGCCUUUGCUGAGGAAAGGGUGUCAGAUAGCGACAUGGCUCAGGCGAAGGCUACCUACCCGUUCAACGCCCCGUUAACCAAGGAGGCAUUCUACUAUCGCCAUUUGUUCGAGGAGCACUACAGUGGGCUGGAGCACUUCAUACCAUACUUCUGGAUGCCUCGCUGGACAAACGCCACUGAUCCAUCAGCGCGUACACUGACACAUUACAAAGAAUAG